AAUGUCAGAAAUGAAUAUGGAUACAGCGUCCGAUUUAGAAGAUGAAAUGUUAAAUCCUGGUCCAUGGUUUCCUGUAUUUGACACGGAAGAGUUUGACAUGCCAGAAAUGCAGGAAUUUCGGGGAAAUCGUCUGGGACCAGUUGAUGUUCGGCCGGAUGAUAAGCCUCAUGAAUUGUUCCUAUCAAUGGUGACGGACCCAGAAAAUGUGGACAACAAUGUGGUGGACCUUCUAGUAAAAGAAACCAACAGAUACGCAGAAGAUAGGAAAGCAGUCGGAAAUUUGAAACCACGAUCAAGGCUCCAUAUGUGGCGUCCAGUCAAUAAUGAAGAAAUGAAAGCUUUUCUGGGACUCCUGCUGCUAAUGGGAAUAAUACAGAAGCCAACAUUAGCUUCGUAUUGGGAAACACAAGACAAGCUGUGGUUGAGACGAACGCCUUCUUUCCGUUCCGUGAUGACAAGGGACCGAUUUUUAGCCAUUUUGUCUAAUCUUCACAUCAAUAAUAACCAGACAGCACUGCCAAGGGACCAUCCACAGUAUGAUCCAAUGUAUAAAGUGAGACCAGCUAUAGAUGUAUGCAACACGGCAUUUAGGAAGAAUUACAGGUUAGGAAGAGACAUUUGUGUAGAUGAAAGAAUAGUCGGAUUUAAAGGUAGACAUAAUAUCGUCCAAUAUAUUUCAAAGAAAAAGUCCCAUCAGUGGGGAGCCAAGCUAUGGGUUCUAAGUGAAUCUGAUACAGGUUAUACUGAGCAAGUACAGUUGUACUUUGGAAGACGUAACCGUCAGCAGCCAUAUCCCAAUGGAGUUGGCUAUUCAGUUGUUACAGAGUUAGUGGAGCCACAUUAUAAUAAAUUUCAUCAUGUCACAACAGACAGCCUUUUUACCAGUCCUAAACUAACACACGACUUGCUGGGUAAUGACACUUACUCCACUGGAACAGUCUUAGCAGGCAGGAAGGGAAUGCCAUUAAGUUUUAAAACGUUGAAAACCCCUAAAGGAACGGUUAAUGCUAAGAAGCAGGGAAAUAUACUAGCAAUUCACUGGUCUGAUCGUCGGCAGGUGCGAUUUCUUACAUCAUCUGACCAUUGCAGGUUGGAAACUGCUUCAAAUUCUAAGGGAAAGGAAAAGGUCGCUCCGGGAGUUGUCCAUACUUACAAUGAAAACAUGGGAGGAGUAGAUUUAGGAGAUCAACUUUUAUCAGUGUAUGAUCCAGACAUACGUUCGGUGAAACUAUGGAAAAAGAUUCUUGUUAAUCUUUUAUUGACUGCUUGUGUGAAUGCAUAUAUUUGCCACAAGAGAUCAUUCCUCUUGGGUAGAAAGUUAACCCAUCUUCAGUUUCAACAAGAAAUUGUGACUGGCUUAGUUGGGGACCAUACAAUUCAACGAAGAGUUUUGGAUAGGAAUGGAGAAGGUGCGACUAGUAGAGCAACCUCAGAGCAUUUCCUCUUUGAAAUCCCUGGAAGAAAAAGAAGGAAUUGUGUUUCCUGUCAUAACCGGAAGGUUAGAACUUGGUGCCAACAGUGCAGAGAAGGUCUCUGUCUAGGAAAAUGUUUCAAGGACUUCCACAAACAAAAGCAACGUCAAGACGUGCACGAAGAGUAAAUUAACUUAUAAAAUUCAUUACCACUGUGUACGUCGCUGUAUUACUAGAUGUAUAUAUACGAUUUGUAAUGAUGUGUGAGGUGAACUGUUUUUGAACAGAAUUAAAAAUAUGAAAAUAUGUAUGUUUUAUUUCUGUUGACCAAAUAAAAAUAAAGAUACAAUUUAAUGCCUCAAACUUAAUGACAUGAGAAAGACCAAUUGUAUAGGGUUCAAAUAGUUCUUUUAACGAUUUCAUUAGUUUUUUGUGGUUGUAUGACGCUUCGGUAAAAAAAAACUUUUUCUGUUUUGUAUUAUAAAGUGCUUGACGUUAUUUAAUUGAAAAGCGCCAAACUUGCUGAAGA